AUGUCUCCCACUACAAGAAAACGCGCUAACCGUCCAGAUUAUGUUCCAAGCGUUAUUGAGGCAGUUAAAAUGUUAGCUAAAGGAAAUGGCCAUGGAGCGUCAAGGCAAACUAUUGUUAAAUACGUGGAGGGAAGGAUGGAGAAAGGAACAAAGGUUAUAACUUCGCAGAUGGUAAAGUCGGCCAUUAUAAGGGCUUUGAAUUCUGGUUUGUUAGUUCAUUCUAGCGGAGUUGGGUUAAAUGGCUCAUUUAUGAUACCCGAGAAGUCAGUAAAUGGAUCAAGAGGAACUUGUCUGGACAAGCAAAAGCCUAUCAUGACAAAAGAAGCAAAGUUGCGGAACAUUUCAUCCCUUGCGGGCGAAUUUCCAUGCGGGCCAGAUCAUCCUCAUGAUAGCACCGUUCAGACUGUGACUACCAAACCACGGCGUAAUUCUAAAAUUUUAGUACCGUUCGUCGACGCUAAGUCAUUACAUCAAGAUCAGCUUGAAAAGGAAAGCGGGCAAAAAUCCAGUGGCCUGAAGGCGAUCUUGAAAACACCAACUCAAAGGAAAUUUGCCGCGAAACGGAAACAAAAGAGGGCGGGAAGAAAGGUGAAGUGUUGUUCUCCUCCAAGCGUCUUUUUGAUUUCACCAUGCAUCAAAAGAAGAUCAAAGAGAAAGAAGUAA